UCGCCGCUCGGGUCAGCCUCAGGGCCGGCACGCUAAAUGGCUGCGCCGCUACCUGUAUCGGCCUCCGAUUGGGCACGCGGCGCCUCCCCGGCGUGAUAGGUCAGGACCACCGCCCCCCUGGCUUCCCAUUGGCUGCUCGGCGAAGCCCGGUCUCCGGGUAAGAUGGCAGCGGACGGACAGUGCUCGCUCCCCGCUUCAUGGCGGCCGGUGACCCUCACCCACGUCGAAUAUCCUACAGGUGAUCUCUCUGGCCACCUCCUUGCCUACCUGAGCCUCAGCCCCGUCUUCGUCAUAGUUGGUUUCGUGACCCUCAUCAUAUUCAAGCGGGAGCUGCACACGAUUUCAUUCCUAGGGGGCCUGGCACUGAACGAGGGGGUCAACUGGCUGAUCAAACACGUCAUUCAGGAGCCACGGCCCUGUGGAGGCCCCCACAUGGCAGUGGGCACCAAGUACGGGAUGCCCUCCAGCCAUUCCCAGUUUAUGUGGUUCUUCUCCGUCUACUCCUUCCUUUUCCUGUAUUUAAGAAUGCACCAAACAAACAACGCCAGGUUCCUGGACUUGCUGUGGAGGCACGUGCUCUCCCUGGGUCUCCUCACCGCGGCCUUUCUAGUCUCCUACAGCAGGGUCUACCUGCUGUACCACACCUGGAGCCAGGUGCUCUAUGGGGGCAUUGCUGGGAGCCUCAUGGCCGUCGCCUGGUUCGCCUUCACCCAGGAGGUCCUCACCCCGCUGUUCCCUAGGAUAGCAGCCUGGCCUAUCUCUGAGUUCUUCCUAAUCCGAGACACGAGCCUCAUUCCCAACGUACUCUGGUUUGAGUACACAGUAACCCGGGCAGAAGCCAGGAACAGACAGCGUAAGCUGGGGACAAAACUGCAGUGACCGGUGAGUGUGGCUGGGUCCAGCCUCCAGAUCUGGCCUGCACGAUGCCUUGCAGGAUGGACAGAAUGACAGACAGAGGGAUGAAGCAGAGACCUCUACAGACCCAAGUCACCAAGUGGAGCCUUUUUUUUCUUAUUUUAAUUUUAAUGAACAAGGUGGACCAAAGGGCCGAGCCAGCCCCUCAGCCCAGGACCCUGGGGGGCCUGCUGCCAGGGGGCCACACGGCCAGAGACCCUCGCUGUGCUGCUGCCAGCCCCUGGUCAGGCGGAAAGUGCCCUGGGCACUGGGGUGUGGUGUAGAAGAGGAGGGCUUGCGCCUCUGGUCGCAGGGCCAGGAAAUCCAGGUGGCGUGAGAAAUACAUACUAUUUAUUUUGGGGUUUUGUCAAAGGCAGAUGGGCUUUUGGAGACGGGGCCGGAAGAGGCUGCCUGCUCUGCCGUGGUUGGCCUGCAACAGAGGAGGGGCCGAGGUCAGCCCGCCCGGGGCCCAGGGGACACGCCGCCUCGCCCUGGGCCAGAGAGGUGGCGUGGGGGCCCCGGUGGAGGGGAGCACCCCCAUGCCCUCCCUGCCACCAAUGCCAUUCCAGAACCUGGUUCAGUGUUUCCUUGUCGGGGGGGCGGGGCCCCGAGAGCGCGCAUCUGGCGGCUGCUAUCAUUGUGCCCUACCCGUACCGACCCUGCACCACAAGGGCUUUCUCCGGUCCCCUGUCCCCAAGACAGUGGUCCCCUUCUGACAAAAGAGCCUGCACAUGUGGGUGAGCGAACCCAGGCUGUUUACAGCUCUUUUUUUGUCCUGCCAUCCAGUAGCCGUUAGUUGUCAAACUCUACCCAGACAGAGUGCAGAGGAAGCAGGAGCCGGGUGAGGGGAGCGGAGCUGGGGGCGCCUGAUGUCUCUGUCCUCCCUUCCCCUCCCCUCUGUGUGCUCGGAACACUCCCUUGUCCUUCUUGACACCCUCCGAGAGCCUGGGCGCUUGUCGGGCAUCCUCAAGCCUGUGUCCGGGGUGUGGUUGCACAGGUCCCCACUGUCCAGUGUGGGGGGGCGGCUGCUCCCGAAGGGACCCGACCUCUGAAGUCACUCUCAAGUGGAGUUGUGGAGAAGAGAUGCUUCCAGACUCUGGAAGUUUCUAAACCUGAACCAGGCUGCUCGGGACCUGUGUUCCAUACCCCGCCCCCGACCCUUUUUCUUUGUGGAGGUUCCUAAUCUGCUGCUGAAGCACAAUAUUUCGGUGCUUUCUUUUCUCAUUUGUUAAAGACAGCGUCCAAAAGCCAUUCCAGAUGCCAGGACCAGGGGCCUAUUUCUGGGGAAGGUUGGUCAGUCCCCACGUUUUCCUCCCCUUCCUUUCUUAUUUUUAUUUUUUAUUUUUUGCCUGAGACAAGCCAAGUGUGAGGUGGUUUGAUUUAAGAAAAAUCAAUGAAAUUGUUUACUAUUGUUUUAAAAUAAAACCUUGAACUCUG